GGAGGGGAGCAGGAAGCGGGUGAAGAGAAUUCGAAUAUUGCCUUUAGCUGGGAUAGAGAUGGGUGGAAGUAGGGGCAAAGAGGUGGAGAGUGGUAAGGAGGUGGAGAAGGAGAAGGAGGUGGAGAAGGGGAAGGAGGGGGGAAGAGGGAAGAAUAGGGGGGAAAGGAGUGGAGGGAAAAGGGGAGUGGACAGGGGGAGCAGCGGAAGAAAGAAGAGAGCAAAAGGGAAUGGGGAGGAGGGAUGUGAGGGGGAAGAGAGGGAGGGGGACGAAUCAGAGGGGCACGAGAGUGAUGGAGAAGAGCUAGGAGGCGAAGGGAAUGGGGGCGACGAUGGUGGAGGGAACGAUGGUGGGGGGAACGAUGGUGGGGGGAACGGUGGUGGGGGGAAUGGUGCUGGGGGAAAUGGUGGUGGGGGGAACAGCGGAGGGGGGAACGGCGGUGGGGGGAAUGGUGGUGGGGGGAAUGGUGGUGGGGGAAACGGUGGGGAGGGGAACGAUGGUGGGGGAAACAGUGGUGGGGGGGACGACGGUAGGGCGAGCGGUGGUGGGGGUAAUGGGGGGGAUGACAGCGGUGGCAAUGAUGGGAGAGAUGAUACGGAGAAAGACGGAGAUGGGGAAGGGAGGGAAGGCGAAGGGGAAGAGGAUGUGGAGGAAGAAGGUGGGGAGCAAGGAGAUGAGGAUGAUGAUGCUGAAGGGGAGGAGAAAGGCAGGGAGGAGAAGGGCAGGGAGGAAAUCAGUAAUGAACAAGAGGAGGGGAAAGAGGAGGAUAGACGGGGGCAGGAAGGACAUGAGGAAGGAGGGAAAGAGGAUGGAGGGAAGGACGUUGGGGAGGAGGAAGGAGAGGAGGAAGGAGGGAAGGAGGAAGUAGGGAAGGAGGAAGUAGGGAAGGAGGAAGUAGGGAAGGAGGAGGAAGGAGGGAAAGAGGAGGAAAGAGGGAAGGAGGAAGGAGAGGAUGAAGGGAAGGAGAACAGAGGGAACAAAGAAGGGAAGCAGGAACAGAAGGAGGAGGAUCAGGAUGAAAAAGGAGGGAAAGCGGGAGAAGAAGCAGAGGGAGCAAGUGAACUGGAAUUAGAGGAAGAGCAGGGGAGGAAGAGGCAGGGAUGCAACAGGGCAGCAGCGAGUAGUGCGGCAGCAGCGAGUAGUGCGGUUGCAGAUUCCGGAGUCAUGGGAAGGGAUGAGUGUGGAGGGAGUGAGAUGAAAGUAUCAGAACAUGAGGGGAGAGAGAACCAGGGAUGCAGCAGGGCAGUUGCGACCGCUGUGGUUGCAUUUGCGGGACCUGUGGGGGUGGAGGAGGGCGGAGGGAAGGGGAUGAAAGUAGAGGAAGAGCAAGGGAGAGAUAGCCGGGGUAGUGUGGAUUCAAAAGGUGUGGAUUCAAAAGGUGUGGAUUCAAAAGGUGUGGAUUCAAAAGGUGUGGAUUCAAAAGGUGUGGUUUUAAGGGGGGGUGAGGGAGGACGUGGGGAGAGGGCGGGGGGCAGUGGGGAGAGUGGGGGAACGAGUGGGGAGAAGAGAGAGGGAGGUGGGGAGAGGGAUAUUGCUGAGCAGAGCGGAAACGGAAGGGAGCACGAGGGGAAAAGGGAGGGGAUGGGGAAUGAGGGGAAGGGAGAUGAGGGGAAAGGUGAUGAGGAGAAAGGGGAUGAGGAGAAAGGGGAUGAGGAGAAAGGGGAUGAGGGGAAACCGAAUGAGGGAAAAGGGCAUGAGGGGAAAGGGCAUGAGGGGAAAGGACAUGAGGGAAUAGUGAAUGACGGGAAAGGGAUUGAAGGGAAAGAGACUGAGGGGAAAGAAUGUGAGCGGAAGGGUUGUGAGGAAGAGGAGAUUAAGAGGAGUGGGAAUGAAGGGAAGGGGAAUGAGGGAAAGGAGAAUGAGGGAAAAGGAGAUGAGCUUAAAGCGCAAGUGGCAAAAGGGCAUGUGGGGAAAGCAGAUGAGGGGACAGGGAUUGAGGGGAGGGAAAAUAAGGGGAGUGCGAGUGAGGUGAAAGGGAUGAGGGGGAAGGGCAUGAGGGGAAAGGUGGCAAGGGGAGAAGGGGGAGGGGAAAAUGAAUGGGAGGAGGGGAUUGAUGGAGAAACGAAUGGGUUGAAAGAGAUUGCAGAGAGUAAGAAUGAUGGUAGAGGAGAAAGGGGUAGUGCAAAGGUGACUGUGGGGAAAAGGAGUGGGGAGGAAGGGAAAUUAGAGGAAGGGAAGGGGGAGGGGGAAAAGGUGGAGGAAGGGAAACUGGGGGAAGGGAAGAUGGAGGAGGAAAUGGUUGAAGAAGGGAGGGAAGAGGAAGGGAAAGUGGAGGAAACAGAGGUGGAGGAAGGGAAAAUGGAGGAAGGGAAGGUUGAGGAAGGGAAGAUGGAGGAAGGGAAGUUGGAGGAAGGGAAGGUAGAGGAGGAAAAGGUUGAGGAGGGGAAGGAAGAGGAAGGGAAGGUGGAGGGGGAAAAGGAGGUGGAGGAAGGGACAGAGGAAACGACAGAGGAGGAUGGGGUUGAAUGGGUCGUAGGGGAAGGGGAGGAGGAUGAGGUGAGGAUGUGUGUGGAAGGGGAGGAGGAUGAGGGGGAGGAGGAUGAGGUGAAGGUGUGUGUGGAGGGCGAGGAGAAGGAUUCAGAGGGGAUUGUAGAGGUUGAGGAGGAGGCAGAGGGGUGUGUGGAGGUACAGGGGGAUGCAGAGCGGUACGUGGAGGUGGAGGUGAUGGUGGAUGCCACACGGCACACAGCAGGGCCUGCUCUCGCUGCUUCGGGGGCACCGGUUACUCAUGUACCACCCGAGCAGCCUGACUCAACCAAGCAGCACCGCGCAUUACCUACUGCUGCGCCUCCCACAUGUGAACCCUCAGGUGCUUCAGUACCCAUACCUCCUGCUCCAGGUGAAACAACAGAGGCGCCCGCUGUUGCCCCAGAUGCCCCCCAUCCCGCACCAGCAGCAGGUGCCCCUUCAGGUGUGUCAGGUGGUGAACCCCUCCACACUACCACCGCCACGCUCCCCUCUCGCCCCUACCCCGGCCCAACCAAUGUCGAGCUGACAGCUGUCCCGAAGAACGUAAAAGCCCUGCUCGAAUCCGGCCUGCUAGACGGCAUCCCAUUGGUCUACGACGACGGCCGUAACCGCCUGCGCGGCGUGGUAACCAGCGGGGGCGUCGCCUGCGGGUGCGGCUCCUGCAAGGGCCGGCAAGUCGUCGCGUGCGCGGUCUUUGAAGUGCACGCGGGGAGCGCGGCUAAGAAAGCGGUAAACUACACCUUCCUGGAUGUGCCGUGUGCUGCGAAUGCGAGGGAGGGCGAGUGCAUGUCGGCUGCUGAAGCGGCUAAGUUGAGAGGCCCGUGUCUGAAGGAUAUUAUUCUCAUUGCGGGGUUUGCAGGCGCGCCUGCUGCUGCUUCGGCGGCUGUGGAGCGGGAGAUGCGGCGGGUGUUUAAGGAAGGGGUGUGGGGGGAAGGGGGGGUAGGGAGGGUCGGGGUGUGGGGCGGUGGAGGGGAGGAGGCGUGGGGAGGAGGGACGGAGGGGGAGUGGAGAGGGGUAGCGGGGUCCAGGAGGGUGGGUGGGAUAGAGCCGGGUGGAAAGGCGUCCCCUGCUGCUGCUGCCGCAUGGUCACCCUCGGUAAUCCCAAGACGGUUGGUGAAGGAGCUGGAGAGCGCGGGGGGAGGGUGCGUGCUGUGCCAUUCCGGGUCACACGACUUUGUCCCGUCGGGGUUUGGUCCGCGGACAAUCAUAUUCUGUGAUCAGUGCGAGAAGGAGUAUCACGUGGGUUGCCUCAAGGACCACGGGGUUCAGGUGCUGGAGAGGCUGCCUGAGGGCAACUGGUUCUGCUGCGCGGCGUGUGAAGAGGUGUUCAAUGCGGUGCAGAUGGGCCGGGCGGCGCAAAGCAGGGCGCGGGGCGGCGAGCUGACGUGGCAGGUGCUGAAGGGACGGCGGGGACUGGAGGCGAAUGGGCUGACGCUGGGCGGCGUGUGUCAGCUGUUUGCAGAGUCGUUUGAUCCGAUCAAAGAUGCAUUCACGGGGAAAGACCUCAUUCCCCUCAUGGUCCGCAGUCGCAGCAGCAGGGAGCACGAGUUUCAGGGCAUGCUGUGCUGUGUGUUGAAGCAGCGCGACCGCGUGGUGUGUGCUGCCUGCAUCCGCAUCUUUGGCCGCCAGCUCGCUGAAAUGCCCCUUGUUGCCACCGCCUACUCACACCGCCGCCGGGGUCUGUGCAAGGUGUUUCUCAAUGCACUGGACGUCCUCUUCUCCCUGCUCGCUCUCCCUUCCUCACCCCGCUAUCCUCUCCAAUUCCCUACCCACCAGGGUCUGUGCAAGGUACUGCUAAACGCACUAGACGUGCUCUUCUCCCUGCUCGGAGUGAGAAAGUUCUGCCUGCCAGCAGCACCGGGAGCAGAGGGCACGUGGAUCAAGGGAUUCGGCUUCUCAGUUAUGAGUACGGAGGAAGUCACUCAGGUGCAUCGGGACUUCCCGCUCCUGGUUUUCCCCGGGUCUGUCAGCGUGGUUCGGCGCGUCCCGAGCCUGCCCCGGGCCUACCGCAAGGCUGCCGAGCUUCAGGUGUUUGGUGCGGUUGGUGUGGCGCCACUGCCGCCGUUUGAAACCUUCCCUUCGUUAUUGUCACCCUCGGUACAGGACAAGUCACGCGACACAGUACAAGAGGUGUCACAGGGAGGGAAAGAGGGGCUUGGGGGUUGUGAGCGAGGGGAGGAGGCAGCAGGGGUUACUCGGGGGCAGGGAGGAAAUGGGGUGGAUACAGCAGCUUCGGCAUUAGAGCAGGAAGUUACUGCUGCUGAUACAGCUCUGCCUGCUGUGGUGAUGGCUGUAGUGGCUACAGCUGCAGGGGAAGUGGAGCCUGCUACAGCCGGUGUUGUAGUGAUGUCUGGGACUGGCGAAGCAGAGGGGCUGAUAGCAGGGGGUGGUGCGAAGGGUGUGGUGGUGACUGCUGAUGCAGGGGAUGCUGGGGUGGUGAUAGAAGCAGAUGGAGGGAGGGAGAGGGAGGGAGACGGAGCAGCACGAGGAGACGAGGAUGUGGGAGGGGAUAGAGGAGAGGAGGAGAGGAGGG